AAAACUUUUAGAGUCAUUCCUCUAGGUUCCUUAGGUUUUUCAACUCCUCCAAACUGUAAAGUUUAAAAUUUUCGCAUUUUUCGUCAUUUAGAACGAGUGUUUGUGAGGAGAAAAGAGAGUAGGAAACCUUUGCCUUCUUCCUCAUUGGUUCUACUUAAUUUCACACUAUCUGAUCACUUUAUUCCGCUGCUUUCUUCAUCCCUUGCUUUUGACAGCAUGAAUCAAAAACAUGGAGCACCCUGCCACCAUCUUCUCUCUGUCUCAUUUUAAUCAACAAGGAAACAUUACGAAUCUUUCUACAGAAAAUUCAUUCUUUGAUCCUUUUUUUAUUUUUUUAACCAGGGCUGCGUCUGUAUUUCAAGAAACAAUGAGAACAGAGACUGGUAGAAAUCAAAAGUCUUCAUGGCCGAAAACGGUGAUGAGGAAAUGGCUCAACAUAAAGACCAGCGGUGACGACUUCCAUUCCGAUUACAACAGUGGUGGAGUGGGAGUUGUUCAGGAGAGGAGGAAGAGCUGCUCAGAUAAAGAUAGGAGCAUCUUCUCGAGUACAGACCUCUCAGGAAGUGGGUGGUUGAUGGAGAGCUCUGAGAGUCUUAAACCGUCUCCAUUUGGCCCGGAUCCGCCAGCUGUUGCUUCCCACAACAUCAAGAUGUUCGUCGGGACGUGGAAUGUGGGAGGGAGAUCGCCGCGCCAAGGGGAACUGAUCAACUUGAAGGAUUGGUUGAUGAACACUUCAUCUCCUGCUGAUAUCUACGUUCUCGGGUUUCAGGAAAUUGUCCCGUUGAAUACAGGCAAUAUACUGGGUGCCGAGGACAGGGAGCCCGCCCUCCAGUGGCUCUCCCUGAUGCGCCAAGCCCUCAACAACAAAAAGAAGAGGCCUUUUCUUGCUCAUAAUUACACCGAUGCAACCCAGAAACCAAGGCUCAGCUUUUCCGAUCUCCUCUCCAUGGAGGACCAGAUGGAGGAAGGAGAGGAGGAUGGCGAGGUGGAUCGAAAGACCAGCAGCAAUGUUACUAGCUGCAGUAGCGAUGAUGAGGAUUUUUCUGAAGCUUGCUCGUUAGGAUCAGGGCGUGGUGGCCGAUACUGCCUUGCUGCCGGCAAGCAGAUGGUGGGGAUAUUCCUGUGCGUGUGGGUCCGAGCUGAUCUCAUGCAGCAGGUGACCAGCCUUAAGGUCUCCUGUGUUGGGAGAGGCAUCAUGGGCUACAUGGGGAACAAGGGAUCGAUCUCGAUCAGCAUGACCCUCUGUCAUGCAACAUUUUGCUUUGUGUGCACGCAUCUGACUUCUGGCGAAAAAGAUGGUGAUGAAACAAGGAGGAACUUGGAUGUGAUGGAGAUUCUGAGGAGGACUAGGUUCCCCCCAUCUCAUAGAUUGUCUGAAUCAGCUGCAGUCUCGCCGGCUACCAUACUGGGACAUGAUAAGAUCUUAUGGCUUGGAGAUCUCAAUUAUCGUCUCGCAGCUGGCGGUGCCGGUGGUGACACUGAUGAAUUGCUACAUAAGAAUGACUGGCAAGCACUACUAGAAAAAGAUCAGCUUCACAUCGAGCAGAGAGCCGGCAGGGUAUUUAGAGGAUGGCAGGAAGGGAGGAUAUGUUUCCCUCCAACCUACAAAUACCUUCAUAAUUCUGAUCGUUACGCUGUCAAACCUGCGAAAUUUGGAGAUAAGAGACGGACCCCAGCUUGGUGCGACCGGAUCCUAUGGCGAGGGAAGGGAAUGAAACAGAUGUGGUACAUAAGAGGCGAGCUGCGAUUCUCUGACCAUAGACCUGUUCAUUCCCUCUUCUCUGUGCAACUUGACAACUGCGACCACAAGGAGGCAGCAGCUUCUACAGUGAAGGAGAAGGACCCAAGGCACAGCUUCUACAGUAGGGCCAGGAGAUCAGGGCCCACAAACACAAGCGCCAUGGCCAACGGUAGCAGUAGCAACUCAUCAGCAUCAUCAUGUGGAAGGGUCCAGGCAGAGGAGCUGCUCGAAACGACAAUGAAAAGUUGUUUGGGCACGUCCAGAUUCAGGCCCAUCCACCCCUCACCAUGCUAGUUCCUUUGUUUUGGACCUCCAAUACUCCUCCGUUCUUUCCGUAAAGCGAUGCGGUGGAACAAAAAGAAAAAGAAAAAGUGGAGGUUUCAAACAAAAGAAGUGGGCCGCCCGCCAGCUCUUCUUAUGGACGUGCGGGGAUCCGGGCCCAAAGACGCCCCGCCCAGCGCGCAUGGCAGCCUUUAGCUUCAGCACAUGAGCCAUCGAAUUUUGGCGGGUCUAAUCAUAUUGGCCUUCAGGCGAGGAGGAAAGAAUAUGGAAUGUGAAGUCCUUUUUAUGUACCAUGGACAGUUUUUCCUUUGCUUUCUUGUUUGUUUUUGUAUCUCGAGUGAGAGGGUAGGAUAAAAAAGCGAGGAAUAGAUUGAGGCUUAUGCACAUUAGUCUUCAUUUUCA